AUGCCUUCUUCUCGCGGCAUCUCCAUUUCGCUGCAGUCUCAGUACGACGCACGUACUAUUCCGGAAUGGCCACCACCGCCAACCACUUCCACUGCCUCACUGGGCUCACACAACUUAGACCAUAGCGCGAACAACCCCGAUGCCACACCAACCGAUACCACGAGCGCAAAUACAGCGGAAGCUCACAUUCCCAUCUACAGAGGAAGCCAGCUAUGGAUCAAUUACACAUGCCCAGACCCACACGACACGAGCAGCGCAGACACGAUGUAUUACUACUUCAAGCUCUUGAUUGGAGAACAAUGCAUGUUCAGCUGGGGAGUAGGCGAGGAAGACAAUUGGAGCGGCAGAGUGACCUUCGGCAUCUUCGACGGUGGCACAGACUUUGAGGGCAGGAGGGUUCUGGAAAAGAGGGCACUGUUCUUUCCGAAAGACGAAGGAGAAGGGAAAGGUGGAUUCGAGAUCAGGGUGUUCAGGAGUAAGGCGAGGAAGGGGGAAACGAUGAGGCUUGAGAGAUAUGAUGGCGCGACUGCUGGUCAGGGGCUCCAGUGAGUUUGCAGAAAUUCCAUGACUCCUGAAAUAGUGACUGACAUGUCUGAAGCCUCGUCAACAGCGGCCGCAUGCGAAAGGGGGAGCCAAGACGAGUGUAUACCUACGCGCUGAUCGAUUCGAAAGAUGAGCCCUAUGCUGUCUUCAAAUACCGAUGUGCAAGCUCGAGUGAGUUGGCCGUCUAAGCUUCCUUUAAGACCAUGAUGCUAACAACACUAAGGGCAACUCCAGGAAAUGGGAGUGGACCUGGACGGUGCAGAUGACCGUGAUAGCAUUCUAGGCAUCGCUGCUAGCUCCGAGAAUGGCUCUCCCAGUAACGGCUGCCACAAAUCACCUCCAGCACCAGCUGUGCCCAGAGACGACCUCACUGCCGCCAACCGUCUCUCUUUCCCACCCAGACUUCGACUGACUCCGAGCGCAUGGCGACAAGGCACGCAAUCACCAGUCAAGAAAUCCAGAGCCGAGGACGAAUCUGCAUUCUCAGAAGAGGAAUUCGAAGCUCUUUACGUGACGGAAACAGAACCUAAGAGCAACAGGCUGCCAAUGUUCGAGCGUCUUGGGAACAAACACUCUGGUGAAGAGGAGGCCAUAGGCGUCCCUCCUGCGGGGACUGUGAAAGCUAGCGUGACAGGCUCUCUCAGAGGCCUUGCCAGUAGGUUCCGGCGGAGAGGCGACAGUCGCGACGAGCAGAAGGGAGUGCAAGAACGAUAA